UGGAUUGAAAGAGCUCAAUCAGAAUGUAAAGUAUUUUGUAUUUGUUUUGAGCACCCAUGGAGAGGAAAUCCCAGAAAAUGGAAUGCACUAUCAACACUACUUUUUCACAAGAGAUGGCCAGUUUAGAACUCAAGACUUAAUGGAUAAGGUGAAAGAUAUAGAUGGACUAAAAGGGAGAAUGAAAUUGUUUUUCUUACAGGCAUGUAGGAGUAGAGCCACAAAUACAGAACUUGAUAAUAAAGAGACCGGAUUCAAGUUGUCACUAAAAUUAACAAAAAGCGUUCAAACACCAGAACAACAAAGUAAGAGUAUUGGUGACCCAGAUGCUGUAGGCCAUAUGCCAUCCUUCUCUUCUAAAACAUCAAAAGGUUAUGAUCAACCUGAUGCAAAAGCCUAUAUGCCUCCAAAAGAGGAAGAAAAUGAUGCGAAUAAAGAUGCUGAAGCUGAGACAAUAGAGAUUCCACAUUGUGAUAUAGAUCCUGAAGCUGAGACUAAAGAGAUUUCGCAUUGUGAUAAAGAUUCUGAACUGGAGACAAAUGAGAUGCCACAUUGUGACAAAGAUGCUGAACCUGAGAUUAAAGAGAUUUCGCAUUGUGAUAAAGAUUCUGAACUGGAGACAAAAGAGAUGCCACAUUGUGACAAAGAUGCUGAACCUGAGACAAAAGAGAUGCCACAUUGUGACAAAGAUGCUGAACCUGAGAUAAAAGAGAAUCAAAACUGUGAUGAAGAUGCUGAACUUGAGAAAAAAGAGAUUCCAUAUUGUGACACAGAUACUGAAUUUGAGACAAAGAAGAUUCCACAUUGUGACGAAGAUACUGAACACGAGACCAAUGAGAUUCCACAUUGUGACAAAGAUGCUGAAUCUGAGACAAAAGAGAAUCAAAACUGUGAUGAAGAUGCUGAACCUGAGACAAAACUGGAGACAAUAGACAUUCCACAUUGUGAAGAUUGUGUUGUGGUAUUUGGCUCUAUGGCUGGAAUGAAGGGAAAAUUGCAUGUUCGUUGA